AACCUAGCACCAUCACUUCUUCGACUUUGCCAAAUUAUCCCCCUCCACACGGCAACAAUUAUCCCAAAUCCCAGUGACUCGAGUUCAAAGCUAUUUCGUUGCAACAGUCUCGGCCUUCGAGCAAGUUCACCACUUUCAACUCUCGUCCCUCGCCGCACUCUCCGAAUACCGCGAUCACUAGAACCCUCGCAGCGAUGGCUCCAUCUUCGCGUCGCCCGUUUUUUCCGGUCCUCAUGCCAUAUUUUCUCCUCGCGCUCUGGGCCGCGGCGUUUCUCGCCGUAUCAUCAGCAAGCGCCCUGUUUCCAUCCAUUCCGGGAAGCGGCACGCUAGGCCAAUGGAGCGCGAUGCGCCAGAAAUCCCGGAUCUCAUACACGCCCAUCCGCGGCUCUAGUCUCAUGAGGCGCGGCCUCUCGGAGUCGGAGGUUGCGAGCAGCAGCAAGGACGGCACGAUGCGAAGAAGGAACCUCCCAAGUGGCGUCAGAGCGCUCAUCGAUACGAGCAACGGCGCUCAUGCCAGCUCCGCGUCAAACCCGGCCCCCAAGAACAUCGAUCACCACUGGGACGACCCAGAUGCUGCCUACAUGUGCUCUUCGAAUGCCAAGUACUGCGGAGUCAUGUAUCAGCCCAUCGCGGUGUACCUCCUGUGGUACGGUCAGUUCACAGAGGCGCAGAAGCAGAUCAUGCGGACGUUUAUCGAGUCACUCGAUAGCAGCAACAAAGACACCUCCGUGACUGCAGUCCCCAAUUGGUGGAACAUCAACCGCCUCUACUACGACGCACAGGGAAACUACAUUUCCGGAUCUGUGACUCUAAAGGGGGAGAUGGACGACCCAGCCUAUUCCAAGGGCACCACCCUUUACAACUCCGGCGUGGCUGAUCUUAUCUCUUCAGCUGUGAACGACGGAAACCUGCCUUAUGACGCAAACGGGGUGUACUUUGUCCUCGGAGAUCCCAAGGUCGCGCAAGAGGACGACUCCAGCUACACUCCCACAGGCUUCUGCACCAGCUACUGCGGCUGGCACGCGUACACCCACGACAACCUCGAGCUCGUGAUCUCCUUUGUCGGUAAUGCGGUAACCAGGUGCCCCGAGGGAUGUAUCCCGCCGUACCUGAACCAGCCCGGGGCAGUGCCGCCCAAUGGCGAUGCGGGCAUGGAUGGCAUGGUGUCGGUGUUGGCGCAUGAACUCGCGGAGGCCACCAGCAGCCCCUUCCUCGCCACGUGGUUCGAUGCACAGGGCGAGGAGAACGCCGACAUUUGCGCGGGUGACUACGGUGAUGUGGCGCAAGAUGCAACCACAGGGGCUUACUUCAACCUGGAAGGUGUCCGGGGCUCUAAGUUUAUAGUGCAGGCGAAUCUUGACCCAGUUACUGGCCGCUGUGUAAUGCAGGCUGCUGGGCCGGAAGCUGUGGGAACCCCGAGCCAGCCACCCACCACACCUGUCCCCACCCCGAGUCUUCCCCCUGUUUCAGAGCCACCUGUUACCGUUCCAACUCCUCCGGUUACCGUUCCAACACCUCCGGUUACUGUCCCGGAGCCACCUACGGUUGUUACACCUGAGCCACCUGUGACAGAAGGCCCUCCUCAAACGACAACAUGGGAGUCUUUUGUCUCUUUCAUCAACAGCUUGUUUGGGUUCUAGUAGCUACGAGCAACAUGUACACAUGUUUGUUCAAAAUAUAAUUUCAGUUGUGGGAUUCAUGUGAUAUAUCAGCAUGUUUGGCCAUGGAGCACUAAGAGAUGCUAGUAACUUG